AUGAACUCCACGGACGAUGAAUAUUGGAAUGAAAAAAGUUUUGAUGGAUUUAGCUUUGAAGAUGAGGAAAAGGAAUUUAAUUUAAUUCAGAAAAUUCCACCCGAAAGUGAAGGUUUACAAAUUGGAUCAACAAAAGCUAAAUUAAAAAAUGUUGAAUCAUUGGAUACACUACUUUCAAAAGAAAUUUUAGAUAAAAUAUUUAUAAAGCAAGAUUCAAAGUCAAAUAAAAUAAAUUCAACUCAAAAAAAAUUGAAAGAUGUCAAGUAUACUAUAGAAAAUAUUGUUAUGUCUCAUACAUAUACACUAGAACCAUAUCACAGCUUAGAAGAAAAAAUAAUGUUGUUAAAAGAAGCUUUGGAUACAGAAGAUGGAAAUGCAAUACUAACUGUUGUUAUAUUUUUAACAAACACUUUGAAGAAAGGUAUUUUCCAGCGUAUAUUACGUGAUAAUCCUAUUGCUGCUUCUCAUUAUGUUCAAUAUUUGUACUCUAAACAAUAUAUUGAAGAAUUAGUCGACACUUUAGAAAUGUUGGGACGAACAAAAGAUGCAAUGAUGAUGUUAUUCAAAUUUGGAUGUCGAAAUCCACAAAACUGUUUGCAAAGAUUCAAUGUAUGUGCCAAUCUAUCAGACGAACAAUAUGAUAAGCAAAUUAUAUCACAGCUUAUUAAUUUAGUUGGUAAAAGUGGACAAUUUGUGUCAGUUGUAUCGUUAGUAACUGACAAAUGUAAGGAGCAACAAAAUGUACAAUCAUGUCGUAUGGUGGCUAAUGAAUUUAAUCUGAGUCCUAAACAGUUGGAAGCUACAUUGUUGAUGACUUUUUGUCAACUACAAAAUUGGAUUCUUGUGGAUGACAUGUUGUUAAACAAAAAUUGGCUUGGAAAGGAUAAAUUGGCUUUAUCAUUACCUAUUGGUGAAACUGUUAAACUAUUACACAAUAAUGGUGCUCCGUCAUCUUCAUUAACCCGUUAUAUAAAAAUGAUUAAAGAUUCAGAUGAACGUUUAGAAUUGGCUAAGAAAUUCAAUUGUCACCAUAUAAUAAUUGAUGAUUUCGCAUUCAAAAAAGAUCGCAGGGGAUUAUUAGUAUACAAGACGACAUUACAAAAGCAGUCUGAAAGCUAUUAUUAUGCCGAUGUAAUUUUAAAGAGUCCAUAUAUGAAGUGGAAAAAUUAA